UAAGCGCAGCGCCGAAUCACGAAUGUUUUGGCCACCAUGUUGGAUUUAGUGGCCACCUCUGUAUCCCGGAGACCAACAGUUCAUGCAGUGUUGGAUUAGCCGUUGCGUGUCGGAGGUGGAGGCGUGCACCCAGUCGUGUCAUCUCCUUCCUGCGUUGACAACAGUUUGCAGAGUCGCUGCUGCUGGAAGCCGGUUCGAAGACGUGGAUUCUCAUUAGCAACUCCGUGCUGUCAGUGAAUGGAUGUGCGCAGGGGGAGCAGGAUCCGAUUUUUUUUUACAAUAUGAACUUUGAGGAGUUUUCGAUGUUCUUAAACCUGCUCAUUUUUUUCUGAAGCUGUCAAUGUGGGAGAAGAGUCGCCGUCGGUUUGACUGCAAGGAUUUGCUUCCUCGUCAAGGCUUCGUGUAUGUGUCUACUUGAUGGAGGUGUGUGCGUUUCUGUGGACCGAUGUCAUGUGAGAACGAAGAGUGCGCGUAUGCAGGGGCCUGCCAUCCUGCUUGUGGCCGCUAUCCUGCUAAGGCCAAGAGGAUUCUGCUUCUCCAUCUGGUCAGUCGCGCUGUGACGCCGAGAGAUUAUCACCUCGAAGCCAUUUUCCCUCCCGGAGAAUCAACUCUCAGGUCCCGACACAAAUCUGACGACUCCAAUUUCCUCUUUCAUGACAAAAUUAGAGCUCUGACAAGCAUGCAUAUUCAAUGGCAAGUUUUAUUUGCAUUGGCGACAUACAGGACUGUAUAGACUGAGUUUUCUUUUUUUUCUUUUUCUUUUUUUUUUCUUUUUAAUGGACUUUCAAUUGACUACAGAUUCGGUUUGUGGCCACUGGUGGGCCCUGCAUACAUCUCUUCCUUCUUGUAUUGCUUGUGAAUGAUCUCAGGUAGAUUCUAGAUUCUUGAUGGCCUGAUAUCUAUGGCACACUGAAUUUAAACCAAUGCUUAGAAAGUUAAGUCAGAACUUUCAUUUUGUGGACUUUAAGUAGUUGAUGAUGAGCUGUAGUCACGAUUGCUCACUGUAAGCACCUGAACCCCUUUGAAUGGCUCUUUGUGGUCCAUCGACUACAAAUGGUCCCAAAAUGAUGGCUGCAUACGGUGGUGGCUCAUCGACCCCAGCUGCCCAUCAUCCCUAUCACCACCAUCAGCUCCAGCAUCUCCCACCACCUCAUAUGCAGUACCACCAUCACCAUGUGGGCCAGCAUCAUUUGCAGCACCCAGGGUCUGCUGCUGGUGUGCACACUGUGCAACUGCAUAAUUCUACAGCUGCUGCUGCAGCAGUGAUGCUAAACUCAGACCUGCAGGAGCCCUAUUUCCCAUCACCUGCUCCUGGACAAGCCCCAGGCCCAGCAGCAGCCACAGCACCUGCUCAGAUCCAAGCUGCUGCUCCUGGCAAAGUUGACCACCACCACCAACAGCAGCACAAUCAGCAACUCCAACCACAGCUGGACAUCGAGCCUGACAGACCUAUCGGCUAUGGAGCAUUUGGAGUGGUCUGGUCAGUGACAGACCCCAGGGAUGGAAAGCGAGUAGCUCUCAAAAAAAUGCCUAAUGUCUUCCAAAACCUUGUUUCUUGCAAGAGGGUAUUUAGAGAGUUGAAGAUGCUCAGCUUCUUUAAACAUGAAAAUGUUCUUUCUGCUCUGGACAUAUUGCAACCUCCGCAUAUCGACUACUUUGAAGAAAUCUAUGUUGUAACUGAACUGAUGCAAAGUGACCUCCAUAAAAUCAUCGUGUCACCACAGGCCCUGAGCUCAGAUCACGCCAAAGUUUUUUUGUAUCAGAUUCUCAGAGGACUCAAAUACCUUCAUUCGGCUGGUAUUUUACAUCGAGACAUCAAACCUGGCAACCUAUUGGUCAACAGCAACUGUGUGCUAAAGAUUUGUGACUUUGGUCUUGCUCGGGUGGAGGAGUCGGAUCAGUCACGGCACAUGACUCAGGAGGUGGUGACACAAUAUUACAGAGCCCCCGAGAUCCUGAUGGGAAGCCGCCAUUACACGAAUUCGAUUGAUAUCUGGUCUGUGGGCUGCAUUUUUGCCGAACUACUUGGUCGACGUAUCCUUUUCCAAGCCCAGAGUCCCAUCCAGCAGUGUUUGCAUGUGUGUGCGUGUGUGUGUGUGUGUGCAUAUUUGUGUGCAUGUGUGCGUGUGCCCAUGCAUAAUUACCAGCUGGACUUAAUCACUGAUCUUUUGGGGACCCCGUCGAUGGAGGCCAUGAGAACAGCAUGUGAAGGUGCUUGUGCACAUAUUCUCCGCGGACCACACAAGCAGCCAUCACUUCCUGUACUCUACACACUGUCCAGCCAGGCAACCCAUGAAGCUGUUCACCUCCUCUGUAGGAUGCUGGUGUUUGAUCCGGGAAAGCGGAUCUCGGCCAAAGACGCUCUGGCGCACCCAUACCUGGAUGAGGGACGGUUGCGUUAUCAUACCUGCAUGUGCAAAUGCUGUUCCACCACAUCUUCUGGUCGUGUUUACACCACUGAUUUUGAGCCAGUCUCCAAUCCUAAAUUUGAUGACAGUUUUGAAAAAAAUAUGAGCUCUGUGAGACAAGUUAAAGAGAUCAUUCAUCAGUUCAUCUUGCAACAGCAGAAGGGAAGUCGAGUGCCUCUGUGUAUCAACCCCCAAUCAUCUGCUUUCAAGAGCUUUAUCAGCUCCACCGUGGCGCAACCCUCUGAGAUGCCUCCAUCCCCACUGGUGUGGGAUUAACUGCUGUGAGAGAGGACAUCAGGGAAGACGACACCAACUUCAUCUGAUUUCUGGUAGCAUUUCACUGGAGAGCAUGGAUCAAAUCUGUGGUGUGAAUGAACAAAAUGCGGGAAAAGGAGAAAA